AUGCCACCACGAAAAUCGACAUCCGCGAUACCACCGACGGACAAUGACGACAUCAGCAGUCCUACAACUGCAGCUGCAGCUGCUGCAGCAAAUUCACAAAUGACAGAGCAACAGGCCAAAGCUCAAUCGGAGGGUGUCAGCGUGGAGGACCUUCUCCUUCCACGAGCAGUUACGCAACGACUCGCUAAAAGCGUCCUGCCGCCCGAUACAGCGAUCCAAAAGGAUGCAUUGUUGGCUAUUCAAAAGGCCGCCACGGUAUUUAUCUCGUAUUUAUCGUCCCAUGCAAACGAAGCGACCCUCAAACGCACCCUUGCCCCCUCAGACGUUUUGAAUGCCCUGUCAGAACUUGAAUUCGACUCGCUACGCCCCCAACUCGAGCGCGAAUUGGAUGCACAUACCGCGGCCUUGGCGGAUAAGAAGAAGGCCCAGAAGGAUAGGAAAGCUGCUACUACCACUACAACAUCGGGGACGCAGGCGGAAAUCAAAGAUGGAGAUGAAGCAGGAGCCGUGCCUGCGGCGGGUGGAGAGAAGAAAGACGUACCAAGAUCAUCGACGACGUCUGUGAUCAAGGGGAAUAAACGUAUAAAACGAGAUAGUGCCGGAAACGAAAAACAUUCGCCGGAUGAGACGGAGGUGGAUGAAGAUGAGACUGAAGAAGAGGAGGAAGCUGAACCCGAAGAAGAAGAGGAAGAAGAGGACGAGGAAGCUGAGGAGGAAGAUGAAGAGGAAGAGACUCAAGAGGCGGAUAAUCUCGAUCGAGUUGAGGAUUUGGAUGGAAAGAUGCACGCAGAUUAUGAUGAUGACAGUGGUAGCGAAGACGACGAUAAUGGGCCGGCAGCACAGCUACGAGGAUUUGGCUAA